UCUGGAUGACCAACCAGAACUUUUGCAAAAGUGCUUUUUCCAGAACCGUUUUUUCCCAUAAUCUGUUAACCAGAACUAAUAUUCUUUAAAAUUCACACUUGAAGGGAACAAAAGAAAGAAAAUUGCUUCUUCUAUAUUACAAAAUCAUUGAUUCCAUCGAUUUAUAUUCAUUCCAAUGUCAGAUUGUAGAAUAUUCCACUACAUUCUCAAACGCUGUAAAACUUCUAUGCAUUCCAAAACCGUUGCUAAAACUCACGCAAGGAUCAUUAUACUUGGUUAUGCCACAUACCCAUCUAUUGUAGCGUCUCUAAUAUCAACAUAUGCACACUGUCACCAACCCCACAUAGCCCAUAAUGUUUUUUCUUAUCUUAUGAAUUUGUUCAACAUGAAUUUGGUGAUUGAAAAUUUAGUGAAAUCUGGUGAAUGUGAUAUUGCCAAGAAGAUGUUUGAUAAAAUGCCUGUUAGAGAUGUGGUUACUUGGAACACAAUCAUUGGAGGGUAUGUUAAAAAUUCGCGCUUUCAUGAUGUGUUAAGUGUUUUCCGCGGUAUGUUGAGUGCCAAGGUUGAGCCGGAUGGGUUUACCUUUGCUUCUGUGGUCACUGGGUGUGCACGUCUUGGUUCGUUUUGUAAUGCCAAGUGGGUUCAUGGUUUAAUGGUUGAGAAAAGGGUUGAAUUGAAUUAUAUACUCAGUGCUGCAUUGGUUGACAUGUAUGCUAAGUGCGGUAGGAUUGAUGUUUCGAAGCGGGUUUUUGAGAGUGUGGUGCGUGAUCAUGUGUCUGUUUGGAAUGCUAUGAUUAAUGGGUUGGCUAUUCACGGACUUGCUUUGGAUGCAACUGCGGUUUUUUCAAGGAUGGAGGUGGAAAAUGUUUUGCCAGAUUCUGUUAGUUUUAUUGGGAUUUUGAAAGCGUGUAGUCAUUGUGGCUUAGUUGAGGUAGGUCGCAAGUACUUUGAAAUGAUGCAGAAUCGGUUUUUGAUUACGCCGCAGCUUGAGCAUUAUGGAACCAUGAUUGAUCUCUUGGGACGAGCAGGGCAUUUGGAAGAGGCAUGUUCAGUGAUUAAGGCGAUGUCGGUGAAGCCUGAUGUUGUUAUUUGGAGAGCACUUCUGAGUGCUUGUAGAAUCCACGGUAAGAAAGAACUCGGCGAAUUUGCUAUCGCAAAUAUUUCACGCCAUGAGAGUGGAGAUUUUGUCUUGCUGUCAAACAUGUAUUGUUCUUUCAAGAACUGGCAUGGUGCUGAGAGGGUGAGACAGAUGAUGAAAAUAAAAGGAGUUCGUAAAAAGCGUGGUAAGAGUUGGAUUGAAUUCGGGAAUAGCAUUCACCAAUUCAAUGCUGCUGAUCAGUCACAUGCAGAAACGAAAGCAAUUUACAGGGUGCUGGAAGGUUUGAUGCAGAGGGCUAAACUGGAGGGAUUCACCCCCUUGACCGAUCUUGUUUUGAUGGAUGUGUCUGAAGAGGAAAAGGAGGAAAACUUAACGUUUCAUAGCGAGAAGUUGGCUUUGGCCUAUGGCGUUCUGAAAAGUAGCCCGGGAUCAAAAAUCACGAUUUCCAAGAACCUGCGUAUAUGUCAAGACUGUCAUAAUUGGAUUAAAAUUGUGUCAAGAAUAUUAAACAGAGAGAUAGUUGUGAGGGAUCGUAUCCGUUUUCAUCAAUUUGAAGGUGGAUUUUGCUCUUGUGGAGACUACUGGUAGAUAUGACUUAUGAUGAGAGCUAAUGAUUUGUUGCAUUGUUGGUUGGUCUUUAGCAGUUACACAUUCUGAUUAUAUGUUUGAGAAGAAACUGCCAAAAUAUCUCAAGGGAUAGCGAGGGACGCCAAAAGAAUGGUAAGCUUAAUAAUCAUUAUAUGGCGGCAUCUAAUGAUGAAGUGAACUCAAAGACAGCGUAACAAUGACUUGCAGUGAACUCAGGGAAAAAAUGUAGCUAUUGUAUUGAAUCUAGAAGGACAAGAAGUUCCUGCAGCUGCAUCCAUACCAAAGAGGAAUGACUCGGUCGAAUGUUUAGGCCAUGUAGCUGCUUCUAAACGUGCAUCUGGGUUAACUAUAAACUGUAGUAGCUGUGCUUCUGGGUUCACUUCAU